GCUUGGUUUGAUAGGUUUAUUCUUUAAAAAAGUUUUUUUAUACUUUUCCUUUUCUUCAUUCCCUUUCUUUUCCUCUUUCUUCUAUUGUCAAGUGGCCAUUAGUUUGUUCACAGUUUGAUCCUAUUCACACAUUCCUUCUGACUAAUAGAUAGAAACGUCAAGUAUACCUUCCUGGAUAAACCAUCCUAUAUCCAUCUCUAAUCUAUAUCCCCCCACAUUAUAUACCAUUUUUGCUUUAUUUAUACAUGCCUUAUUAUACCUCUUUGACUUCUAUCCACGAAAUGAACAGUGCUACGACAACAAGUAUAUUGAGUACGGAUACCAAAGAUCAUCAUUUACCACCAAUCAUGAGUGCCAGCUGGAUGAUCAAAGACAAUAGACUGCCCUCGCCAGAGUCACCGCAUCUAAUGCAUUUCAAUAAGAAUAGUUAUAAUGCUCAACCUUCUGCUUCUUUAGCUGCCACAUGUACACCACCACCUUUUCUGGAACCUGCACCCUUAUCUGAAGAAUCUGGGUCUCUUCAGAUCAAAAAAUUCUCUCUGGACCUACUAAAAACGCUAUCACCACCAACCAUAUCAGCCGCUCAUAGUGACAUCUUUUCGCCCACAGAUAAAGUGACAUCUUCUUUAGCAAUACCGACAAGAGUAUCCGCAUUAUACACGACUACCAUGUUUGCACAUCAACGCCCGCAACCUGUUCAAAAUAUACAAAGUUCCCGUGUAAAUAGAUACCAUCACCAUCCACCGGCUGCUAGAUAUAAGCCAUACUCUUCUCAAAUGCACGCUCAAAGUGUAGCACGAUCUCAGACUAAUGACUCGCAAAACCAUCCUUCAUUUCCUGGGAAUUAUAAUGAUAGCACUUACCAGCAGCAACAGCAAUUUAAACAUGAAAUGAGCAGCAGCAAUAAAAAGACAAAGCCAGCAUCUCGUGCAAAUUUACGUAGCAGUUUUACCUUAACUGCUGAUCCUGCUGCUGCUGUUACGGAUACUGCUUCCUCGCAUUUCUCACAAGCGAAUAGUAGUUUUCGCAGGCAUGAAUUGCAGUUGUCACCUAUCAUGGCCGCUGCAUGUGCCUCUGCCGCUGCUGCUGCUGCACAGCAUCAUCCAGAUUCUGAUCUUUAUGCUCAGUUUCUUAAUCCAGCUUCUCCAUACUGUCAAUCUAAACGCAAUAAAAAAGUUUCUGUCAUCUUUACAAAUGAACAUCAUUAUCAUUAUAAUCAUCAACAACAACAUCAACAAAUGCCAAGUAUGAAUAGCAGUAAUAGUACUAGUAUCCAUACGGAUGAUGAUGGUUUCGUCGAUAAUCGUACCACUACUGCUGCUGUUGACACUAUCUCAAAUAAUGAAGUCAGCACUGAGAAAGCUCAGCAGCAACAUAAGCAACAAACUUCUUCAAUUAGUGUAGAUCAUACCAUCUUUAUUAGAAAGGACGCACACAUUAAACGACCGCGUAAUGCAUGGAUACACUUUCGCUGUCAUUAUGGACAAGCUUUGAAAUGUCUAGAUCCAACUCUCCGUGCAGAAGAAGUCUCAAAACGAGCUUCUUUAAGGUGGAGUCUUUUAAGCAAGGAAGAAAAGAAACCGUGGCAUGGACUAGCGGAACAGGAGAAACAAGCGCAUAGAGAAGCUUUUCCCGAAUAUCGUUAUAGUCCCCGUCGAUCCACUAACAACUUGAACACUACUACUUCAGCGCCAUCUGCUAACUCAAUGGCAACUUCUGCCUCUUCUCUUUCUCCGUCCCAACGCUCUCUCUCGAAAACUACGACGACGACAGCUACAAGUACUCAGACUCAUUCAACAACCAACAGCCCUGAACAAUCACGUUUAACACGUCGACAACAAAAAGCUUUUCUCGAAUUUCCUACUAUAUCAACCACUUAUCGGCAAACUAGUAAUAGUCGUCUCCCUAAACAAAUGCGUCGUCCUCGCUAAAUGAAAACAAUAUUGCAAUUGAGCAAAACAAUGGCUAUGGUUUAUAAAUGCUGGUUACUUUUAUCAAUAACAGCUACCUACCGUUUCAACUCCAUUCUUUCUAUUAUAUCAGGGCCCCAAAAAAAAAGAAAGUAUUUUUGUUUAAUUUUCAUUCAAAUCCGUCUUUUUUUAUUGCAAAGUUGAGAAAAUUUUAUACUAGGUUUAUAGAAAGCUCUUCGUUUAUCUCUUUGAAUAGAUCUACAGAAGUUGUUUGAAAAUUCAAUGUAUCUUUCGUUAAUAUGGUUGAUGCAUCAGUGGUAGAAGAUAAUAGGUUAGUGUCAGCUACGGCCUGAGGUUUGUUUUCAUGGCCAUUCUUGUGCUGAUCAGUAUGGCUGUUUACCGAGCACGCUAUAUCGCCUUCAUCUUCGGAUUCUGUGGUUGUUUCUGUUGUUAGUGUUGUUAUUGUUGCUGUUGCUGCUGCUGCUGC